AUGGCGGCGCCCCUGGAGAUGGAGCCGCCGGCGCUGAGCCUGGAGCUGCUGCCCACCGACCCUCUGCUGCUCAUCCUCAGCUUCCUCGACUACCGGGAUCUGGUGAGUUGCUGCUAUUUAAAUCGAAGAUUAAAUCAGCUAUCAAGCCAUGAUCCAUUGUGGAAAAGACACUGCAAGAAGUACUGGCUCAUUUCAGAAGAGGAGAAAAGCCGACGGAAUCAGAGCUGGAAAUCCAUCUUCAUCACUACCUACUCUGACCUAGGGAGAUACAUCCAAUACUAUGCCACCCUGAAGAAGGCCUGGGAUGACCUGGAGAAGUACUUGGGACAGUGGUGUCCCCGGAUGAUUGGUUCUCUGAAAGAGAGUGUCCGGGAGGAGGAUCUGGAUGCUGUGGAAGCACAAAUUCGUUGCAAACUCCCUGAUGACUAUCGGUGCUCGUUCCGUAUCCACAAUGGGCAGAAGUUAGUUGUUCCUGGCCUGAUGGGCAGCAUGGCCCUGUCCAACCACUACCGCUCCGAGGACUUGCUGGACAUCGACACGGCGGCUGGAGGGUUCCAGCAGAGACUGGGCCUGAAGCAGUGCCUCCCUCUGACCUUCUGCAUUCACACUGGUCUGAGUCAAUACAUGGCCCUGGAGAGUGUGGAGGGACGAAAUAAAUACGAGAUCUUCUAUCAGUGUCCAGACCAAAUGGCUCGCAAUCCCUCUGCCAUCGUUAUGUUCAUUACAGGGACAUCUUACUUGGAGUGGUUUACAUCCUAUGUAAACAAAGUUGUCACUGGAGGUUAUCCUAUCAUCAGAGACCAGAUCUUCAGGUAUGUGCAUGACAAAGAAUGUGUUGCUACCACAGGAGAUAUUACUGUGUCUGUGUCCACGUCUUUUCUACCUGAACUCAGUUCUGUCCAUCCACCACAUUAUUUCUUCACCUACAGAAUCAGAAUUGAAAUGUCCAAAGAUGCUCUUCCUGAGAAGGCUUGUCAGCUGGACAGCAGGUACUGGAGAAUAACAAAUGCAAAAGGUGAUGUGGAAGAAGUGCAAGGUCCUGGAGUAGUUGGGGAGUUUCCAAUUAUUAGUCCAGGGAGAGUCUAUGAAUACACCAGCUGUACUACCUUUUCCACAACCUCUGGAUACAUGGAGGGGUACUACACCUUCCACUGCCUCUACUACAAGGACAGGUUCUUUAAUGUCACAAUUCCUAGAUUUCACAUGGUGUGUCCAACGUUCAAGGUGUCUACAGCAUGACUGGAAACAAAUCCUAAUGAAUCUGCAGUGGAUGAAGAUUCCACAGACACUGAUGACUCUGAAGAUCAGCACAUAGUGUUGGACAUUCCUGUGCCCUCUGGUCGCUGCCAGCAUCAUACCUGAUGGGAUUGUUUUCCGAGCUAACUGUUUUCAGAAGUUGAAUUCUUUGGGGCUAGUGCAUAAGGAUAUUUCUGACUCCUGUAAAUGAUCUCUGUUGCACAUCAGGGCAACUAGCAUGAAUGUUGGUGCCAGUUCUGAUAUUCGUUAGAGUAUAACUUCUUUAUUCCCUGGUUUGGAAAGGGUGGGAGGGUGGGAGACAGGGGAGGGAGAGGAAGAGAAAGGUGUUUGGGCUUUGUUCACUUUUUUCUGAAGUGUGGAACAGCUUGAUAGUCU